ACGGCAAGAGUGAUGCUUUCGACCUUUCUAGAUCCCUGUCCAAUCCCUGACAAUGUAAAUGUCUUCGAUUGGUAUCUUCCCCUUAUUGGGUUGUACUGUACAGGUGGUGGACUUCAUUUUUUUUGUUUGAAAGAUCAAGUUCGGUUCGGGUCUCUGAGCCGGGUCCUGCCGGGUAUUUGAUAACACUCUUCCCUGGCUAUCAAAUCUGCCCUCUUCUCUAUCUGCUUCUCCCUGCCUCUCUCUCACUCCCUCCCCCAUGGCAACAAUAAACAAACAACUAAAACUCAAGCCUAAACAAACGUCUCCAAUCCAAAACUUUCUGAUCUGUAUAGCUUUAAUUGCAUUUUUAUUCCUUUUUUCUUCUCUAAUUUUAACAAAUGGUCCUUCUAAAAUCCGAAACUCGAUGAGAUCCAUGAAACCCAAGAGGCUACAUUCUCUCCAUGACAAGUACUUGUAUUGGGGAAACAGAAUUGACUGCCCUGGUAAGCAUUGCGAGUCUUGCGAGGGUCUGGGCCACCAGGAGUCUAGCCUAAGGUGUGCCCUUGAAGAGGCUAUGUUUUUAAACAGUUACAUGUUCUGCUUGGAUUCUAGGAAAAUUGUGUUUUUGUUAUCUUCUUGCAGGACUUUUGUGAUGCCUUCCUCAAUGUGUAUCAGUCCACUACACAAUAAGAAGGGGAUCCUAUAUCAUUCUAAUAUGGCAAGUUCAGAGGAAAGGUGGGCUGCAAAUUCUUGUUCCAUGGACUCUUUGUAUGAUCUCGAUCUCAUAUCUGAAACUGUACCUGUAAUUUUAGACAAUUCAAAAGUCUGGCAUCAUGUAUUAUCAACAAGUAUGAAGUUGGGAGCUAGAGGAGUUGCCCAUGUUGAAGGAGUUAGUCGGGUUGAUCUCAAAGAGGACAAUCGCUACUCAAAUCUCUUGCUCAUAAAUCGAACAGCAAGCCCUCUUUCAUGGUUCAUGGAAUGCAAGGACCGAAACAACCGUAGUGCUAUAUUGUUGUCAUAUUCAUUUCUUCCUUCAAUGGCAGCAGAGAAAUUAAGAGAUGCAGCAGAGGAGAUUAAGGCACUUCUUGGCGAUUAUGAUGCCAUCCAUGUUCGCCGUGGUGAUAAAAUAAAGACUAGAAAGGACAGGUUUGGUGUUGAACGGACCUUGCAUCCUCAUCUGGACCGAGAUACACGCCCAGAGUUUAUUCUCCACAGGAUUGAAAAGUGGGUCCCACCUGGAAGAACUCUUUUUAUUGCUUCAAAUGAGAAGACACCGGGGUUUUUUUCACCUCUCUCUUCCAGAUAUAAGUUGGCAUAUUCAUCUAAUUAUAGUCACAUCUUGGAUCCCUUGAUUAAGAAUAAUUACCAACUAUUCAUGAUUGAGAGGCUUAUAAUGAUGGGUGCCAAAACAUUCAUUAAAUCAUUCAAGGAAGAUGACAAGGAUCUGAGCCUUACUGAUGAUCCAAAGAAGAACACGAAGAUGUGGCAAAUACCUGUUUAUACAAUGGACGAAGAGUGAAGUUGAUGGCAAUGUAGCUAAUUACUCCUCUUUUUGGAUGGUAUGUUUGUUCAUCUAUUUAUUCUACCAUGCGACAGUACCAGUCACCAGUAUGGAACAUUGAAUAUUGGAAUCUUGUAGCUUCAGCAGAGAAUUGGUUCAUCAGGUAGAAUGAGAGGCUUACUAAUUUCACCAAUGUUUAUGGGGAUGAAGGUGAAAUACAGGUUUUAUCCGCUUUUUUUUUCAAAUAUAUCGAUUACUGCACUUGAAAAAAAAAAAAAAAAAAGGAAAGAAAACUUGAUGGUAUUGGUGAAUGGACAUUGACAAAAACUAUUAUUUUGUAGAUAAAUUAUCAGUUAAUUGUAAUGACAUUUGCAAAUUUUUUUAAUUAAUGCGAGUCUGUUAAAUUCCACUUA